AUGGCUGUCUCCGACGAGCUCGGACAAGGCUUCGCGUGGUCGACGAUACCUACACACUUGCUUGCCGCCGAGCUUUCAAGACGAGCCGAUGCGAAAGAGAAGCCCCAGUGCGGCUCCGACAAGCAGGGCCACUACGACACGCCGCUCCAUGUCUUCGCCCUCUUCUUGAUCCUGGUUUUGAGCUGCGCAGCAUGCGGCUUCCCACUCCUCAGCCACCUGUCCUCGCAAAGCAAACGACAACGCAGGAUAAUCUUCUACUGCCAGCACUUCGGCACCGGCGUCCUGAUCGCGACCGCAUUCGUCCACCUCCUCCCUACCGCCUUCGUCUCCCUGACGAACCCAUGUCUCCCCGACUUCUUCAACAAGAGCUACACGCCGCUUGCCGGCCUCAUCGCCAUGGCCUUCGCCCUGGCCGUCAUCGCCGUCGAGUCGUACCUAACCACCCGCGGCGCCGGACACUCGCAUUCACAUGACCUAUGGGAGGACGACGACAGUGACGUCGGAUCGGAGGUUCACCUGCCUACACAUGCUGCUGGUGUCGGCUUGGCGGCACGGAGAGGCUCUGGCCAUCGACCCAAUAAUAUUGCGCUGGAGGAUCUGGGAGCUAGCGAGGGUCUGAUGGCGGGUGUUUCACCAUUGCCGGAAUCGACACCCACCACGCAGCCCAAUGGCAGGAAUCCAAUCAAGGCCGGCGGGAAUGAUGAGUUUGAUGACGACCGAGAGUCCCUCGAGCUUGCGCUCGACAUCAACGAGCUCGACCCCGCGCCGAUGGAAGACCUUCGUUCACAAGCCCGCCCCCUGAACAAGGCACCGGGAGCUGGAGGGCACCACGCGGGGAUGCACCAGCCUACUAUACCAGACGCCGACGAACAGAAGCGGUUGUUAUUGCAAUGCUUGCUACUCGAGGCUGGAAUUCUCUUCCACAGUGUGUUCAUCGGCAUGGCUCUGUCCGUCGCAACCGGUCCUGGUUUCGUGGUCUUCCUGGUCGCCAUUGCUUUCCACCAGACGUUCGAAGGCCUCGCCCUCGGCAGCCGGAUCGCAGCCAUCCAUUUCCCCAAGAGCUCCCUCAGGCCGUGGCUCAUGGUCCUGGCCUACGGCACUACGACACCGCUCGGCCAGGCCAUUGGCCUGGGAGUGCACCGCCUGUACGACCCGAUGAGCCAGAUGGGCCUGCUGAUGGUCGGCAUUAUGAACGCCAUCUCCGCCGGCCUCCUCCUCUUUGCCGGCCUUGUCCAGCUGCUCGCCGAGGACUUCUUGACCGAGAAGAGCUACCAGACCCUGCGGGGGAGCAAGAGGAGGAAUGCCUUCUUGGCGGUGGUGGGUGGCGCCGUUCUCAUGGCUGGCGUUGGUGCCAUUGCUUAA